UUGUGGUAAUGUGUUUUUUUAAAGUCUUUGUCCGUUGGAGGUCAUUUGAAGAAUUUACAGGUGAAGCAACAUGGUGUCUGGGAUUUGCUUCUAAGGACUCCAGCCAGAAGUAAAUAAACAAAAUAAAUAAACAUUCAGUGAGGGUACAAGAAACAAAUAAAUACCUUCUGUUUGUUGGUUCCUGUUCAUAGCCACAGGGCCUGCAAGGAUGCUGGCUGUCCCGGAGACCAGCCUGCAGGGGCUAUACAUUGGCUCCAGCCCAGAGCGGUCUCCGGUGCCCAGCCCGCCCGGCUCCCCGAGGACCCAGGAAAGCUGUGGCAUUGCCCCCCUCACACCAUCACAGUCUCCAAAGCCCGAGGCCCGAGCCCCACAGCAGGCCCUCUUCUCCGUGGUGGUGGCCAUUGACUUUGGCACCACAUCCAGUGGCUAUGCCUUCAGCUUUGCCAGUGACCCUGAAGCCAUCCACAUGAUGAGGAAAUGGGAGGGCGGAGACCCGGGCGUAGCCCACCAAAAGACCCCGACCUGCCUGCUGCUAACCCCAGAGGGCGCCUUUCACAGCUUUGGCUACACAGCCCGCGACUACUACCAUGAUCUGGACCCCGAGGAAGCUCGGGACUGGCUCUACUUCGAAAAAUUCAAGAUGAAAAUCCACAGCGCCACAGAUCUCACCUUGAAGACCCAGCUAGAGGCUGUAAAUGGAAAGAAAAUGCCCGCCCUGGAGGUUUUCGCCCAUGCCCUGCGAUUCUUCAAGGAGCAUGCCCUUCAGGAGCUGAGGGAGCAGUGCCCAUUGAUGCCAGAGAAAGACACUGUGCGCUGGGUGUUGACGGUGCCCGCCAUCUGGAAGCAGCCAGCCAAGCAGUUCAUGCGAGAGGCUGCCUACCUGGCCGGCCUGGUGUCCCGAGAGAAUGCAGAGCAGCUACUUAUUGCACUGGAGCCCGAGGCCGCCUCUGUCUACUGCCGAAAACUGCGUCUGCACCAGCUUGUGGACCUGAGCAGCCGGACCCCGGGCAGUGGGCGCCUGGGGGAGCGCCGCUCCAUCGACUCCAGCUUCCGGCACGCCCGAGAGCAGCUGCGAAGGUCCCGCCACAGCCGCACGUUCCUGGUGGAGUCUGGCGUCGGAGAGCUCUGGGCAGAGUUGCAAGCAGGAGACCGUUACAUGGUGGCGGAUUGCGGGGGAGGCACCGUGGACCUGACCGUGCACCAGCUGGAGCAGCCUCACGGCACCCUCAAGGAACUCUACAAGGCGUCAGGCGGACCCUAUGGUGCUGUGGGCGUGGACCUGGCCUUUGAGCAGCUACUGGGCCGCAUCUUUGGCGAGGACUUCGUCGCCACCUUCAAAAGGGAACGGCCGGCAGCCUGGGUGGAUUUAACCAUUGCCUUCGAGGCUCGUAAACGCACAGCGGGCCCGCACCGUGCCGGCGCCCUCAACAUCUCCCUGCCCUUCUCAUUCAUCGACUUCUACCGCAAGCAGCGAGGCCACAAUGUGGAGACGGCCCUGCGCAGGAGCAGCGUGAACUUGGUGAAGUGGUCCCCACAGGGGAUGCUCCGGAUGUCCUGCGAGGCUAUGAACGAGCUCUUCCAGCCCACGGUCAGCGGGAUCAUCCAGCAUAUAGAGGCGCUGCUGGCGCAGCCCGAGGUGCAAGGCGUGAAGCUGCUGUUCCUGGUGGGCGGCUUCGCCGAGUCGGCCGUGCUCCAGCACGCGGUGCAGGCGGCGCUGGGCGCCCGCGGCCUGCGCGUCGUGGUCCCGCACGACGUGAGCCUCACCAUCCUCAAGGGUGCGGUACUCUUCGGGCAGGCGCCGGGCGUGGUGCGGGUGCGCCGCUCGCCGCUCACCUACGGCGUGGGCGUGCUUAACCGCUUUGUGCCCGGGCGCCACCCACCCGACAAGCUGCUGGUUCGCGACGGCCGCCGCUGGUGCACCGACGUCUUCGAGCGCUUCGUGGCCGCCGAGCAGUCGGUGGCCCUAGGCGAGGAGGUGCGGCGCAGCUACUGCCCGGCACGCCCAGGGCAGCGGCGCGUACUCAUCAACCUGUACUGCUGCGCCGCGGAGGACGCGCGCUUCAUCACCGACCCGGGAGUGCGCAAGUGCGGCGCGCUCAGCCUCGAUCUGGAGCCCGCCAACUGCGGCCCGGACCCCGCCGGCGCGUCCCCCGGCCGCCGCGAGAUUCGCGCCGCCAUGCAGUUUGGCGACACCGAGAUUAAGGUCACCGCCGUCGACGUCAGCACAAAUCGCUCUGUGCGCGCGGCCAUCGACUUUCUUUCCAACUGAGGGCAUGCUAGGCACAGGGCGGGGCGCAGGGCGCGGCACCGCCAACCCUGAGCUCCGCCUGCCAAACGCCCUCUAUCGGUCUCGUGGUCUGGGGAGCGGGCUGGGGCAGCUAAAUCUGCUUGUUCAGAUAUCAGCGCCCCUUUCCCCGCCCUCUGCCCGGGGGAGAUGAGGUCACAGGAGGGUGGGUGGGGACACAUCCAGAGACAUUGCUUUGAGGUUGGGCCCUGGUCUGCUGACAGAAAAGCUGGACGAAAUCUGGGGCAGAUAAAGGAGACUUACUUAGAGGUUUCCAAGACGGUGCUCCUAGCCCUACAGGAAUGUGUAACCCCCGAAGCCAGAAAAUACCGGAAGAUUGGGCCAGCCCUGACCUGAACUGAGGGUGGAGGGGUUGGGGGGAAAGGUCAAGCAAGGUAGGAUGAAGGGAGAGCAGCAGGAGGAAGGGGGUUGUUCACCUGGACACCAAGGGCCGGAGUCCAGCCCACGCUGGAAGCCCCGCAGAGCAACCGUGUCGGGACAGGAAAGUGACGGAAAGCAGGCACUAGAGGGACAAGGGUCGUAUGGCCUUCCUGGCGGUGGUACUGGCCCAAGUAGGGCUGUUAAUGGUAGAAGUAGUAGCUGGCUAAUGGGGGGAGGGACACAUUAUCAGGGUGAAGACAGUUAUGAGGGGAUGUAGGAGAGUGUGCUAGGGGGCCUUUCAUUCAGGACAUAUGACUCAUGGUAAGGCUUCAAGGGCCAGCCUGUGAAUGACCCACUUCUACCUCACCCUAAACAUGAAAGGGCAGUUCAGGUGGGAACAGGGAAGACAGAAGGAGCACUGGGGGGCUGGUCCUAGCUCCUCCAUCAACUCAAUGUGGCAUUAGGACAUUCUCUGCCCACCCAUGGGCCAAGUAGGAAAUGUUUGGUACCUCCCUCCAGCUGUGACAUGCAACAGCCCCACCUUCCCAAGAACCCUAAGGUGACAAUAAAGCAUUUAUGCUCAAGGUCAAGUAACAGUCUGCUGGUACCACAUGACUAGGGAGCCCAAUAGUGGAGUAGCAGAGGGGCCUGGGUUCUAGAAAGACAAGGGAGAAAACUUUCAGCUGUACCCAGGGCUGGGAACUGACCAGAAGGGGGUGCUAGAGUUUCCCUCUCAGGCAUCCCAAAUAGAACUCCGUAAGUCCCUAAGACAUCUGAACCCUGGUGGUUCACUUCUUAAGUGCUGCUGCUAACUAAAAGGUUGGUGUUUUGAACCCACCCAAUGGAUUGGCAGGAGAAAGACCUGACAGUCUGCUCCCAUAAAGAUUACAGCCUAGAAAACCCUAUGGGACAGUUCUACUGUCACAUGGGGUCACUAUGAGUCUAAAUCAACUCAAGAGCACCUAACAACUGGCAACUGUUCCCAGACCUGACAGCCACCACCUGUGCAUACCGCCUUUGGAGGUAGGUGCUGUCAUACCAUACAGUGCCCUAGUCACCUCAGAGAAUGAGUUUGCCCAGUUCUGUUCCUUGUCCCAUCUGUGAAGGGUUGAGCACUCUCAGGAUCCUGGAAAACAAAAGGUCAGCUGGCCUCUGGUAUCCAU